AUGCUGCUCAAUCCGUCCCACAAGGUCACGUUUAGUGGUUUACCUCCAGAUGUACUGGAUGCGUACGUUCGGUACAAAAAGGGUACACGGGCUUUGGUUGCCUGGUUUAUUCAGUAUAGUCCCUCACCACACAGGCGUGUGAAGAGCUUGCCUAUCAAGGAAUUGGCCUCGUUGGCACAAACGGUUGCAGACAGUACGAAAUCUCUACCUGACAUAAUUCACUUUCACUUUCGUGAGACCAUUGCCGCGAGGAAAAGACUCAGCAAGCACUUUCGUGGCAAUGUUGACGAUUGUCACGAGGAUGUAGAUACCAUCAACCAUGAACAUUUUACUAGCAGUCUCGCCCAGAUUUACGCUGAUCUAUGUGCUUGCUGUGGUAAACCAAAUCACCAGGGCAAGCCGAACAAAGCUGCCAGGAAAUCGGCUCUUUCCAUGGGCGAGGUCUCGAAUCAUUACAACAAUUUACUCAUUGAGGAUAUCGAAGAGAACGAGCCCAAAGAGAGCUUUACAUCAUCAGAGUGUUCGGAAUGUGCUGCUGCUGCACCGUCAUCUUGCGGUAGUACGGGGUUAGAGAUCAACUUCGAGGGAGAUGAGCUCGGCGAAGCUCUUGAGAUCACUGCUGCCGUGCAGCGAGCCCAAGAGAUAUCCAAUUCGGUGGAAGAAUGCUGGGAGCUUGCGGGCGAAGGGCGAAUAUCAACCACGACUGCGGCAUUCGUAACCAACGUGGCGUUUGCUCAAGUUCGUCAAGUCGGGGCAGAGUUACUCGAAUACGAUGAGAAGAUGACCGUAUCUGGGCUUCACCGCAUGUGCUGCUCAUUCGAUCGCCAGAGCGGGCAGGCAACAAAGCAUUCCUUGUUGAAUCAGCUUCAAGAAACAGAAAAGAUCCUAGACCAUUAUCGAGCCGGUCAUCGACCUUCACCAAUUCGAUCUUGUCCUUCAUGUGUUCAGAAGCCUACAGAAUAUGUCCAAUCACCAGAAGUUGAAGAGGGCAAAACCCAAAGCAAUUUUGUUACUGCUAUUGUUGACAACAUCAUCCAUCUUGUAACAGAGAAGGUGGCUCUCACCAGCAUUGUUCGAAACGGCACUCCAGUAUAUGCUGAUGUUGGCUACCUUGUUACCAACAUCAGCCACAGCAAUCAAUCGUGGUCGGCUGUAAUUGGUUUACAUCUACUAAGCCAAGGCUAUAAAACUUAUAUCCAUUCAGCUCCCCAGCCGAAGCUAGUCUCAAUCUGCCGCAUAAAGGCCCUACGACUCGCUCAACAAGCACAGUCUCAAGUCUCGGCGAUACUGAACGACAAGUCCUGUUUCCCAUGCCGCUGUUCACAGACUCUAGCAUACCACUUGCAAAAUUUGAACGGCGACCUGACAAACUUUGUGAAGCAUAAAUGCUGGGAUUUAUACUUCCAAUCACCCUGGGUGGCUGGUAACCACAGUUUGGAAAUCCUCGAUCUUUGCCACUACUAUGGCAUGCGACUGUUCAGCUAUCGUCACUAUGUCGGGGCAGUAUUGCACUCGUACAAUGUCCUCAAAGAGCUUGCUGGAAUGGCACCUAUAUCCAUCCUCGAGAGUCUCUCUGACCAAUUUCGAGAAGUCUUUUACCCCGGUGGCAACUGUCCGAAGAGCAGCUUUCGUGCAUGCUGGGGCAGAUAUGUUGGAGCCCGGGUCAAAUUCAAAAAGGGCCAUAAAAGCAGAAACAGCAGAGAUAGUUGGUGCAUGGCAAUACCUCCACAUGCAGCCAGACGCGCGGCGGGCCUGGGAACGAAAAGCGAUGUAAGCCAACAGAAAGGUGCUUGCAUGCUUAUCAAGCUAAAACAACAGGACUACCACGUGAGUGAUGAGGACUGGAAAGUGGUGGACCUGACGCUAAAGCCUACCUAUAAAGAGAGUGCCAAGCGCCAGCUGCGAGGGGUUACUUUAACAACCGAAUCCAGGGAUGCCCAAGGACAACUUCUCGAUCUGGCAAGAGCACUCGAGCCCUCUUUGACACAGUCCAACGAGAACGCUCUACCCGUGGCACGCCUAAACCUCCUGGCUGUCUUUCAAAGCUGUGUGCGCGUGGUAACCAGGCUAUCGGAUGAGACGCACACAGGAGCAGACGAAAAGGGCAUCAAUUGCAUCUGCUUUGCCAGCGUGAUCCUGACUGGUGCAGAUCGCAUUGUCGACGGCCGACGGCUAGGGCGGGUCGAAGCGUGGAAGAAAGACGAGAGGGAGUGCAUCGAUCAGGCGAGCAAGGCGAUCAGAGAUGUCUUCGGGGAUCUCAAACCGGAUGAAUGGCUGUGGGAUAUUUGA